AUGGAUGACUGUUCUGAAUGUCCAGAAGACCAAUAUCCAAACAAAGACCAAGAUUCAUGUAUUCCAAAGAGAAUAUCUUUCUUAUCCUAUGAAGAACCAAUGGGAAGAAGUCUAGUUAUUCUGGCUCUCUCUUUUUCUUUUUGCACAAUAUUGGUGUUGUCAACAUUUUUGAAAUAUCACCAUACUCCCAUUGUCAAGGCCAAUAACCGAAACCUGACUUACAUUCUGCUCAUCUCCCUCCUUCUCUGCUUCCUUUGCUCACUGCAGUUCCUUGCUGCACCUGGCAAUAUAAUAUGUCUCUUCAGACAAAUUAGCUUUGGCAUCAUCUUCUCAGUGGCUGUGUCUUGUGUUCUAGCAAAGACCAUCACUGUGGUUUUGGCUUUCAUGGCCAUCAAGCCAGGAUCCAGAAUGAGGAAAUGGGUGGGAAAAGGCCUGACCACCUUCAUUGUUCUUACUUGUUCCCUGAUUCAAGCAGGCAUCUGUAUUGUGUGGCUCUUCAUAUAUCCCCCUUUUCCUGAUGUUGAUAACCAUUCAGAAACUGAGGAAAUUAUAAUGCGAUGCAACGAAGGCUCGGCUACUAUGUUCUACUGUGUUCUUGGUUAUAUGGGCUUCCUGGCAGCUGCCAGUUUCACAGUAGCCUUUUUCUCAAGGAAGCUUCCCAGUAGUUUCAAUGAAGCCAAAUGUCUCACAUUUAGCAUGCUAAUCUUCUGUAGUUUGCAUCUCCCGGCCUUAGGGAAAUGGGAUUUGAGAGUGCGGGAUAAUCAUGGUGAUGCAAUAUGUAUGGCUGAAAUGGCAGACGAUCCAAUUCCCAUUCUACACAAUUAUUUUCAAGCUGGUGGUUUUAUCAUUGGUGGUAUCACAUCUCUUAUCACCAUCCCUACAACCCCUCCUACUUUCAGUGAAGCUCCCCACCAUUCAUUUAAUGAUGAAUUUCUUGUUCUUACCAAGUACUAUCAACAUAUUUUGGCUUUGGUAUUUGCUGUGAAGGAGAUCAAUGAAACCCCUCAUAUCUUACCGAACAUCACUCUAGGAUGCAGAAUGUAUGAUAACUAUGCUGGAAGAUAUACAUCGUAUGCCACUAUAAAACUUUUCUCCAGACAGAAGAAAUUCAUCCCCAAUUAUAAGUGUGAAAUCCAGAACAAACUCCUUUCAGUCAUCGGAGCACUUUAUUCUGGAAUCUCUUUCACGAUGGCACGUAUUUUGAGCAUCUACAAAGUUCCACAGAUCACAUAUGGUUCUCCUCUACAUAAGAAUGAUAAUUCUGAAGCACAUUCUUUCUAUCAGAUGGCCCCAAAUGAAUCCUAUCAAUACAGGGCAAUUGUGCAGCUUCUUUUGCAUUUCAGAUGGAAAUGGAUUGGAAUCAUAUUUAAAGAUGAAGAUGGAGAAAGAUUUGGACGUACUAUUUCCUCCAUGUUUUCUCUUCACAGAAUUUGUGUUGCUUUCUUGAAAAGACUCAAGCCAUUUUAUCUAGGUACUGUUCUUGAUGAUCUGGAUUGGCUAGGGGAAAUGUACCUUUUCUUUAUGAGAAGUAAUGCCAAAGUCGUGAUAAUUUAUGAAAGAAAUAUUGUGAUUUUGAGAACAUUACUCUACCUACCAGAAAUGGAAUUUGUGCCUAAGGAACCAAAAGGGAAAGUGUGGAUCUUGGUGGCUCAGAGUGAUCUUGCAUCAUAUUCCUAUCAAAGGAAAUGGGAUAUCCAAGUCCUUCAUGGUGCUCUGUCCCUCACAGUUCAUUCAAAUGAAGUUCCAGGUUUCCAACAGUUUCUUCGGACUGUAAACCCUUUCUUAUCUAAAAAUGAUGGCUAUUUCAAAGAUGUGUGGAUACAUGCAUUUGACUGUGCAUUUCCCAAACUUCUAACCAAGGAACCUGAUGGUACUUGCACUGGGCAAGAAAAACUGGAGACACUUCCUGGAGGUUUUUUUGAAAUGAGUAUGAGUAGCCAUAGCUACAGUGUAUAUAAUUCAAUCCAUGCAGUAGCAUAUUCCAUACAGGGCAUAUGGUCAUCUUCCUUCAGACGCAGAGGGAAUGCAUUCGAACACACAUUUCUUCAGGAUCUGCAGCCAUGGCAGCUCCAUUCCUUCUUAAAACGAGUCACAUUUAACAACAGUGCAGAAGAUCAGGUUUCCUUUGAUCAGAAUGGAGAAUUGAUAACUGGAUUUGAUAUUGUAAACUGGAUCACAUUUCCAAACCAAUCCAUUCAUAAAAUCAAAGUUGGGAAACUAGAGCCUUGGGCAUCUUCUAGCAAGGUGUUUACCAUUCAGGAGGAUGCCCUUACAUGGCCCAGCAGUUUUAACCAGACUGUGCCCAUUUCAACUUGUACAGAUAGCUGCCUCCCUGGUUAUUUCAAACAAAAACAAGAAGGGAAACAGUUCUGCUGUUAUGAUUGCCUCAUCUGUCCUGAAGGGAAAAUAUCAAGCCAGCAUGAUAUGGACAACUGCUUAGAAUGCCCCCAAGAUCAAUAUGCAAGCAAGAAACGUGACUCAUGCAUUAGGAAGACAAUCACCUUCUUGUCCAAUGAUGAUCCUUUAGGAAUGAGCUUAGCUAUAUUAGCUAUUUCCUUUUCUCUCUUCACUCUUUUGGUGCUAGGAACAUUUUUGAAAUAUCAUCACACCCCCAUUGUCAAAGCCAACAAUCGGGAUCUCACCUACAUGCUCCUUGUAUCUCUAUUGUUCUGCUUCCUCUGUACAUUACUAUUCCUCAUUCCACCUGGGAAUAUAAUUUGUCUUUUUCGACAAAUCAGCUUUGCCAUUGUCUUCUCUAUGGCUGUAUCUUGUGUAUUGGCCAAAACCAUCAUUGUACUUUUAGCAUUCAUGGCCACCAAACCAGGAUCCAGGGCACGGAAGUGGGUGGGGAGGAAACUGGCCAUUUCCAUUGUCCUUUCUUGUUCCCUUAUUCAGGCAGCCAUUUGUACAAUUUGGUUGGCAACAUUUCCUCCCUACCCAGACAUGGACUUAUACUCAGAAACUGCAGAAAUUAUAUUGCAAUGCAAUGAAGGUUCAUCUAUUAUGUUUUACUCUGUCCUGGGUUAUAUGGGCUUCCUGGCAACUUCCAGUUUUACAGUGGCCUUUCUUUCUAGGAAUCUCCCCAGCAGUUUCAAUGAAGCAAAAUUUAUCACUUUCAGCAUGUUGAUCUUUUGUAUAUGUAUGACUGAAACAGCAAAAUGUACUAGCAGUGAACCACUUGCUAUUGUGCAUGAUUACUUUCAAGCCAGUGAUUUUAUCAUUGGUGGUAUCACAUCUCUUAUCACCAUCCCUACAGUUCCUCCUAACUUUGAUGAAGAUCCUCACUAUUCAUUUAGUGAUGAAUUUCUAUGA